AUGAGUUAUUGGGAGCUCUCAAGAACUCGACCUGGUAUAACCCCAACUACAACAAAAGUAGCUGCUGUGAGUAACUUCUCCAGAUCCAAGAACCUUCGUGCAUUAAGAGGGUUUCUAGAUUUGGCUGGCUUCUAUCGUCGCUUCAUUAGAGAUUUCUCGGGUAUAGCCAUGCUUCUCUACAAACUAUUGAAAACAGGAGAAAAUUUCACCUGGAAUGAGCAGCAACAAGAAGCCCCCAUCCUCACUCAACCUCGAGAUGAUGUUAGAUUUGUUUUGUAUACAGAUGCAUCACACCUUGCUCUUGGUGCUGUUUUAUCUCAGUCUGGCAAUAACGGGCUUGAAGGUGUUGUGGAGUACGCCAGUGAUCAACAAAGCCUGCUAAGCAGAAUUACACAAUAA